CAGACGGAGAAAAAUUUUUACAGAGGAGCCCCGCCUGAAUGGUUAAACUUUCACUUAAGUGAACAGGCAGAGUCAGAUGGCACUGGAAGGCCUUUUAUUAAACGAGAUGGAUACGAUACACUUGUGCAACAAAUUCACCAAAGAAGAAAACUCCCUGGACCAUCAACUGUUAAACUGUUCCACCAGCCAGGAUGUGGGGGAACCACAUUGGCCAUGCAGGUGUUGUGGGACUUGCGGAAAACCUUCAGGUGUGCUGCUUUAACAGGUUCAACCUCAAACAUUACAGAUGUUGCAGAGGAGGUGGUCCACCUUUUCACAGCUGGCAGUCGAGGCCACCAGAAUACUGUGCUGCUGUUACUGAAGGAUGAGCAGAAUUUGGAUGAUCUGCAAGAAAAAAUUAUGAUGAAGAUUGCUGAACAGGAGAUAGUCACCAAUAUGCCUGUAGUGAUUUUCCUCAGCUGUAUUAGAAAUGAUGCAGUUCUGCACAGUGACCAUGUUUUCCUACAGGAAGUGCUUUCUGAGUCAGAGAAGCAAAAGUUUAAUGAGAAAAAGGAGGAGCUCAGCAGAAAAUACGGUGAUAAAUCAAAGAAGUUCCAUGGCUUUAACAUAAUGCAAACUAGUUUCUCUCAGGCUUACAUCCAGGAGGCCUGUGCUGUGUUCAAAACAAUCAAGAGAGCAAACAAAUCACAGAAGACCCAGCUUGCUGCCUUCCUGUCCCUGCUGAAUGCCUAUGUACCAGGCUCAUAUCUCCUGGAGUCUCAGUGCCUGGACUUAUUCAAAUGUGAAGACUCCAUCCAUGGAGACCUUUCAUUGGAGGACAGAAUGAAGCCCUUUAGUGAUCUCAUCAUCACCUUCCAACGAGAUACCAGAUCUGAAAAAAGAGUCUGCAUGGCUCACCCUAUGAUAGCAAAGUGUUGCACUGAGAUGAUGGCUGAGGCAGGUGUGACCAGAAGUGACACAACAAGAAACCUCCUGACCUGUUUGUGCAGCGAUGAGGUUCCUCCAUCUUUGCUUGGUUUUGUCAAAAACAUGUUAACCAAAAGAAGACCAAAACCAAAAGAAUGUAAAAUUGAAGAGAGCCCAUUCAAAAAUACAGAGAGUGAAGAGGACAAAGAAAAGUUUUCUAGACUGAUUCUCGACAUUCAAAAGAUGGAGGACAAGGCUCAGUGUGCAUCAGUUUUAAAGGUGGCAACAAAACAAUUUGAUCAAAAUCCAUUUUAUCCUCAGGCACUUGCUCGUUUCUAUUAUAUAGAAAUAAAAGACUACAACAAGGCAAUAAUGUGGGCAAAGAGAGCAAAGGAAAGAGAUCCCCAAAAUUCAUUUGUUGCUGAUACACUGGGACAAGUCUACAAGAACUGUUUGAAGAACAAAGAGCAUCCUGUCAAACCGAGAGAGAUUUUGCAACUGGCCACAAAAGCCAUUGAAGCUUUCAAAGAUGAAGAAGAACUUGCUGAAAAAGAACAUGGGACAGACGAGGAAGACGCUAGAAAGAUCAAAAUACCAUGUGUUUUUAACAUCAGAGGGCAGAUUGGUUACGUGCAGGUUUGCAACCUUGUGUAUGACCUCACAAAGCGUGCGUCCAUGAGCUCAGGCAACAAACUCCUAAAUGAUCUAAUAAGCAGAGACGAGGUUGAGAGAAAAUGUGCAUUUCUUGAUAAAUAUCUGACCUACUCAAAGCUUGACAUGAAGAAAGACGAUCCCUCAUACAUUUCUAAAGACAUCGCAGAAUGCUGCAGGAAAUAUGUCAGAGAUGAACAUUUCGAAGAAAAAGUCAAUGAUUUCAUCCAGAAGCUUAAACAAAUCCUGGCAGAAACGUCCGCCGGAGUACUCUUGUGUCUUGACAGAGAAUACACUGAAGCAGAGCUUAAAGAAGUCACUACAUGGUGGGAAGAAAUCUUUCUACAUUCCUCUUGCAAGUUUUUAAAUGCAUUUGGACAGAAAAUGCCACUGACCUCCAAAGACGCACCUGAGCUCCACAUGUUAGCCCUCCUCUUGUACUGGCCAACAGAUAGUCAAGACAAAUGUGUGUUUGACCUUAGUCAGUUAAUUCAGUGUAUGCGCUGUUCUUAUGACCAUGCGUAUAAGAAAUACUUUCGAUCAAGGUACCUCCGCCCUCUGUUUUUCAUUGGAAAAGGUCAAGAUCUGAACAGAAUUGUUCACAGAAAGGUCCUCGAGGGAUUGGUUCUUGGGCAGAAUAAGGAAACAAUCCAAGAUUGGAGCAAUGAGAAGAUUUUCAAAGAUCCCAUUGUCCAAGCACUCCUUCUCAAAAUUGAUGGGGUGGUACAAAACUACAAAGUCUAUGCAACUGUUGGUGGCACAGCAACUGAAGUAGAUGCAAACCUACGAAACAGCCUCUGGAAACCACGCCAAGUUUCCUUUUACAUUGGAUUUACCAUCAGAGGACCUGUAGCCUUUUGCAUCCAGACAGAAACUGCGGAAAAGG